UUUCCCAAGAAAACCCGACACGGCUUACUACCACCCCACUGUGUCCUGCUUUGUACUUAAGGAAUUGUGUGCUGGGAUAUACUACUUUCUUUGCUCACAGGGCACGUUUGCACUGCUGACGUCUGACAACAACUGCACGAGACCACAGCACCAACUGCAACACCAGCUGAUCGUUCGUCCAUCAAGAAUGCCGAGUGGUUUGCGCAAUAUGGAAUGGUGUAUUGGAACUUACAGAGGAUAGAAUAUUACCUGCCCAGAUCGCCACAGUUAUGUCUCCUCCAAGAUUAAAAAAGCCCCUAAUUUAAAAAAUGUCUCAUUCAAAACCUCUGCUCAUCCCAUGGCUGCGGAGCAAGAUUGACAGAGGAGAGUAUCCUGGAGUCCAGUGGACAAACCUGGAGCACACAGAGUUUUCCAUUCCCUGGAAACAUGCGUUAAGACAGGACUCAUCUGACAGUGACAUUCUUAUUUUUAAGGCCUGGGCAGAGGUGAGUGGAAACGGCCGGGCUCAGGGAGACGCCUCAGUAUGGAAAAGGAACUUCCGCAGCGCUCUUCGAGCAAAAAAGUUUACACUCAUAUCUGACAACAAGAAUGACGCUGCACACCCUCAUAAAGUGUUUCACUGGCCAGAUGAAUCAGCGUCAGGAGCAAACUCUUCUGCUGGAUCCCAGGACCUAGAUGACUCUGAUUUGUUUGAUGAUUGCACUUUUCCUAUACAAGAUACCCAGGCCCCAUGCUUUGAAGACUUUCUCUUUAAUCAACAAGACACUGGGCCUUCUGCUGAGUCCACUGUGCACCAAGACAUUCUCCAGGAGUGUCUGAGGGGGCUCAACAUUGGCCCUGAACCAGAGGGCAUCACAGGCUUUGAGCCUCCUCCUGAGCAACAACAGCUCCACAGCCAGGCUGUGAUUGGUGCACAGGCGUUUCCUGGGCAACAGCAGUAUCCAGUAGUGUUUGAGGGUGCAGCCAUGGAAGCUGGGUUGCCUGAGCAACCAGCGUGUCCAAUGGAAGGGGCCGUGGGUGGGGCCUUUGACGAGGAGCUGUUUCUGCAGACGAUGAACCAGACCAAGGAUGGAAACAGUUUCAAGACUCAGUUCAGGAUAAUAGUGUACUACAGGGGAGUGAAAGUAUCUGAGCAGACAGUUGAGAAUGAAGCUGGAUUCCGCCUUGUCUACAGACCUGAACUUGCAGGGAUAGUUUUGGAUCAAGAGUCAGGCCUCUCCCUGGUCUCUCUGCCAAGUCCUCGGGCCAUGUUGGAUCAAACCCAAACCAAACUGACCCAGCGCAUCCUGGACAAGCUGGGUGAAGGUUUGGAUGUGGGGGUGUCAGGCCAUGUGGUCUACUGCCAGCGGCGGGGUGAAAUCAAAGCUUUUUGGAGCCUCUCCAAGUACGACAAGAGCUGUCAGGUCCAAGAGAUUUCUAAGCUGCAUCCUGAACCACUGUUUCAGUUCAAGGACUUUGUGCAAGGAAUACUGAACUUCAUCGACAGAGGAGAGUCCCCUCCCUGCUCCCUCUUCUUCUGCCUUGGUGAGAAGUGGCCUGACCCUGGCAACAGGCCUUGGGGGAAAAAACUCAUCACAGUGGAGGUGUUCCUGACCUCAAUUGAGUUACUAAAGAACAUGGCGGUCAUAGGUGGUGCCUCUUCUCUUCAGUCUGUGGAGCUGCAGAUGUCUCUGGAAGAGAUGAUGGAGCUGUGCUGACGCACAAUGCUGCACAUAAAAAAGUUAUUGUUUACCUAUUGUAUAUCUUUGCAAAUUCAAACAAAGCAAAUAUGUUUGAGGUACAAUUUGUGCCUUUCUUAAAACAAUUAUGUGCUGUAAUUAUUUUAAUUUUCCCCCUAACAAUUAGACCAAUCAAGAUGAUUUUAGAGGAUAUUUAAAUCAGUGACAUUAUUGGUGCUAAGAUACCAGGCUGCUUACUGCUGUUAAGACAAGCAGAAAAUUAAAAGAUCUCUGAGUGAGGAGAGCUACUGCUACUUCUUGAGCUGAAUGACAGUCUUCAUUUUGUGCUUGAAAAAGUGUGUUUGUUCCAAAACGAGAGCUCUCUGGUGUCGUGGAAGAAGAAAAACAACAGAUUUCCCUAAAAACUGCAGAGAACUGCCAUUCAAAGGCUGUCAGUCACCUUGUCAAUCAUCUUGUAUAUUUUUUUUCUGUCAUCAUGCCCGUGUCGUGUAAAAAAUAAAAGUGGCAAUAAGAUGAUCCUCUAUGUGUUUAAAAAAGCAAAUUAUUCAUUUAAAAAUUUGGUGAGUGCCUGAAGUUGUAUAUUCUGUAACUUCAACUAACAGUGAAGUUGAGUGAAACUGCUGUGCAAGUUUUAAUUAAGCAUCACAUUCGGUCUCAUUUCUGUUAUGCCAGAUAUUCAGCUGAGCACAGCUGGUUCAGUUAUAAAAGAAAACUGAUAUUUUCACAAGAAAGAAAUUUAAAUUUACUUUGCAGAUGUUAAUUGCAGGUUGCUCUAGAUCUGUACCGGACUAUCAAUAAGCAGUGCUAUAGAAGGAACUUGAUUUUACAAGACAUCAAAAUACACAUAACACCAGUACAAAUGACAGAGUUCAAUACAUUAUCAAAAUAUUGGAGGAUAUCAUGUUUACGCUAUAAAAUUAGCUUUCUUCAAUCUUUUUAACUUUAGAUUUUCACUGCAGUGCUGCAGCAUGUUUGUAGUCUGAAACCAAAGAACAAAUGUUGAACUAUUUUUUUAUAUUCUUUCUUGAGUUAAUUUGGAUUAAUACUAGCAGGCUGUGUCUGAGUUAGCUGUACGUCUUUUUGAUUUCAUUUUUUUUUCCAAACACUUCACAAGAAAUACUUACGCACUGUCAAAUUUUAAGAUAUUUGCAAAGAAAAAACACAAUUAUUCAAUAAAUAUUUUCCAUCUUUCA